AAAGUAUGAAAACAUUAGCGUCAUUCAUAAAGUAACUUAUAAACAGGAUGUAAUGUUGUUUUUAACGACGGUGCCCAAAUUCUGAUUAAAACCACGAAAACAUUACGUUGAUCUUGACGAUAGAUUAAAAUAAAAAAGAGAAUUCGGAUUAUAAAACAAAAGACAGAAUAAUUUUCCUUAUUACGCUCCUAAGGUUUUCAACUUUCAAUUUUUAUUCGUCUGUAUAUUUGCGUACUUAGUCAAUGAACUAUGUACAUUUGUACAUUGUAAGCAAAGUGUAUGCAUUGUAACAAAUUUCCACGUAUUCAAAAAGCACCGGUAGUGAAGUGCAGAUUUUAAAAAGUAUAUGGUUAAAUAUGCCCUAUUCUGAAGUUCAUAUUAAAAAUAAACUAAUCGAGAAAUUGAACGCUUCACAUGUGGUCGCUAGAACGUUGUUUCUGAGACAUUUAUUAAUUGCAACCGAGGGUAUGCUUGCACGAUAAAUUCCUGAAGAUUAAUACAUAUAUGUAUAAAAAUGAAAGGGAUUAUGCAGAUUAUAUUAAUCUCACUUUUUGCCAUUCUUCUAAGAUGGUGCGUUACGUACCAUUCGUACAGUGGCCAAGGAAAGCCUCCAAUGUUUGGAGAUUACGAGGCGCAACGACAUUGGCAAGAAAUAACGUUAAAUCUUCCUAUUGACAAAUGGUAUACCAAUACAACAGACAAUGAUUUACAAUAUUGGGGGCUAGACUAUCCCCCUUUAUCCGCAUAUCAUAGUCUUCUACUGGGUUAUAUCGCUAAUAAUAUUAAUUCUUCGUACGUAAAAUUACACGAAUCUAGAGGCAUUUCAUCCGAAGAUCAUAAAUAUUUCAUGAGACUUACGGUUUUAUGCGCAGAUAUUUUAGUUUAUAUACCGUCCAUAAUAUAUUUUAUGUUUUCUAGUCAAACAUCAAAAGCUAAUGAAAAAGAAAUAUCAAAUUUAUUUGGUUUUAAUAGAAAGCAUAUUUCUCUUCUAAUAAUGCUCAUUUAUCCAGGUUUAAUAUUAAUAGAUCAUGGUCAUUUUCAAUAUAAUUGCGUAUCAUUGGGAUUAUUUAUCAGCACGGUUGCAGCCAUGCUCCAAAAUUCAUAUAUUAUUGGAUCGUUUCUAUUCGUAGUAGCAUUAAAUUAUAAACAAAUGGAACUCUAUCAUGCAUUACCAAUCUUUUUUUACAUACUUGGAAAGUAUUCGCCUUUGAAAAAAGCGUCAUGGUUAUUUAAUUUAAAGAUGCUGUUAUGCAUAUCGGUUACGGUCGUUUCAACAUUUGCCAUCGUUUGGUUACCUUUUUUUAAAAACUUGGAAAUAUUUACGAACGUUGUUUCACGAUUAUUUCCGUUUGGCAGGGGCCUGUUCGAAGACAAAGUUGCUAACGUUUGGUGUACCAUAAACGUAUUUUAUAAAAUACGUAAUGCUUUUACAAAUAUUCAGUUGGCUAAAAUUUGUUUGAUAGCGACAAUGUUUGAAGUUUUACCAAGUUGUAUAAAUCUAUAUCUAAAUCCGCAAAAAGAGAAGUUCAUUACAUCCCUUAUUAAUUGCGCAUUGGCAUUUUUUCUUUUCUCAUUUCAAGUUCAUGAAAAAUCAAUUCUGCUCGUUGCUAUUCCAGUUUUAUUAUAUUUCAAAACGGAUCCAUUCUCUUGUUUUUGGUUUUUAAUAAUUUCACACUUCAGUAUGUUACCUUUAUUUUUAAAAGACGAUUUGUUUACACCAUAUUGUGCUACAUUAACGUUUUACGUUUGUUUUAUAUUUUGGAUGUGUCCCGAUGUAUUUAAUAAUAUCAAAUUACCAGGCAAUGGUAAUUCGACACACGACGUACGCGUCACAGCCAAUCAAAGGCAAACGAAAAUAAAAGUAAAAAGUAAUAAGAAAAAAUCGUUUUUUGCAAAAAUUAAAAGAUAUAUAUCGUGUUACUACAAAAAGGCUUCGAAUGUAAUUUUAAGUUACAAUCUAAAUUUGUGGAUAGUAGUUCUGUUUUACAGCUCGAUUUUAGGAAUAAUAAUAUUAUCUAUUGUUAGUCGUUUCUUGAAACCUCCUAACAGAUACCCAGACUUAUUUGUGUUAUUAGUUUCCGUAUAUUCCUGUGGGCAUUUCAUUAUUUUUUAUAUAUAUUUCAAUUAUAAGCAGUUUUGUACACCAGGAAAUAUUUUAUAAUAUCUCAAAUAAAAUUAAUUAAUUAA